AGUCACUGCCAAGUAACGGCCACCACAUACAGAUGGUCCUAUAUGGAAGAUUCAUCAACGGCCUGCGAGGUCUAUGCUUCUAUAAAUAGAGCACCAUCGAUAACACCAUCAUCUUCAGCAACGAACUAUCUAACUCCUUCUCUUCUCUUCUCGAUUAGACUCCGUCGGAAUCGAAAUGGAGGUAGUGCAAGUACUCCACAUGAACAAAGGCAACGGUGAGGCCAGUUAUGCCCAAAACUCCAAAGUUCAGAACAAGAUAUUAACAAUCGCAAAGCCAAUCAUCGAAGAAGCCUUGUUCGAACUCUUGGGGUCAAACAAUGUUAUGUCAAUAGAGAGUAUGGGCAUAGCGGACUUGGGUUGCUCAUCCGGACCUAACGCCUUGCUUAUCGUAUCGGAGAUCGUGGAUUACAUACAUGCUCAACUCAGCAGUGGCCUGCUACAUCCCUCGUCGUCAUCAGUGGAGUUUAGAGUGUUUCUCAACGACUUAUUCAGCAACGAUUUCAACACCGUCUUCAUGUCACUCCCUGCAUUCUACAACAAGCUGAGGGAAGAUGAUCGCUACAAGAGAUUGUUGGGGGCUAACCACAACCUCUUCAUUUCCGCUGUGCCGGGCUCUUUCUACGGCAGAUUGUUUGCCAGAAAAAGCCUGCAUUUCGUGCACUCGUCCUCCAGUCUUCACUGGCUCUCUCAGGUCCCCCCCAGCUUGGACAGCAAGGCCUUCCCGGCACCGAACAAGGGGAAGAUCUAUAUUUCUAAGAGCAGCCCGCAAAGUGUAUUGGAUGCGUACUCGCGUCAAUUCCAGGAGGACUUUUCAAUGUUUCUUAAGUCUCGGGCUGAAGAAAUAGUUGGAGGUGGAAGAAUGGUCUUGUCAUUCAUGGGUAGGCCAACACUUGACCCUACAACUGAACAGAGUUGCUACCAAUGGGAGCUCUUGGCCCUUGCACUGAUGAGCAUGGUUUCAGAUGGUCUUGUAGCAGAGGAGAAAGUUGAUUCCUUCAACGCUCCGUACUAUGCUCCAUGCGCAGAGGAACUGAAGUUGGAGUUGCAAAAGGACGGGUCCUUCAUACUGGACCGGCUUGAAGCGUUCGAAAUUGAUUGGGAUGGUGGUGCUGAUGUUGUUGAUGAUCAUCAAGCUAUUCCCGUUAAUGGAUAUGAAUCAGUUGAUUAUGAUCAGAUGGUGGCUAAGAGAGGGAAUCGGGUAGCCAAAACCAUAAGAGCGGUGGUAGAGUCAAUGAUCGAAGCUCAUUUUGGGACGGAAAUUAUGGAUGAACUGUUUCGAAGGUACGCGGAGCUCGUCACCAAUCACUUGUCAAAGACGAGAACCAAGUAUAUCAAUUUGGUCAUUUCACUUAUCAGAAGGAACUGAACGUUGGAAGUUGGAACUUCUGUCUUCUAUGUCUUGGUUUCGUAGGGCUCAACUUUCCCAUUUGUGGCAUGGUACCAUUGGUACGUUUGGUUUAAAUUCAGUUUUCUGUUAUGUAUAAUUCUCGGCAAGUUGGCAACCACAGAUUUUCUUAGGGUAAUUGUUACCAAGUACUCCUUAGUAUUGAUAAUGAUGUACGAACUCAUUUCUUCUUCGUGUAUGAUCAGUGAUUAGUUACAAAAGCAUGUUCCUAUG